AUGAGCGCUCCCGCCGAGGCGGGACAGAGACCAGUAAGUACCCCGGUUUUUCGCUUCAAACUCAACAAAGUUAGUGCUUAUGGAGCGUUGAACUCCCUCAUCGUUUUUCGUAUAAUUUUCCUCUUAAAAAAUCCGCUCUUUUUAAUGUUUACUAACAAACAGAAACGAAAAAAAACCAUUAGAGCUUGCACACAUUGUCACCGAGCCCAUUUACUCUGCGACGAAAACCGUCCUUGUGCCCGAUGUGUCCAGAAAGGACUCCAGGCAACAUGCCAAGAUGCUCCUAGAAAACGUAAAAAGUAUCUCUUGGAUGUCCCUCCAGAUUCCAUGCAAAAGCAAAGGUACCAGUCACCAGAAAUCAAACCAGAAUAUCCCAUGAAUACACUUCUCCCACUCCCAGGGCAACAAAUACAACGGAAAUCAAAUUUUCUUUCAUCGGCGGCCGAUAUGGAAUACUCUACCUUGUCGAACAUUCUUCUGGAAAACGUCCAUCCUUUCCCCAACCCAUCCACUUCCAACGAAGGUACCCCCAACAGCAUCACCCUCUCGCCUGCUUUAUCCCCUGGAACAGGCGGUCGCACCUCCACAACAUAUACUGCUCCUACAGACAUUGCUUGUGACAAUGCUCUUAAUCAAUAUGUAUUAGGACCAACAACCACUGGAAUCCUGCUAUACCCCGACGUGGUUAUGGCGAUCGAAACACUCAAAAAUACCCAUCCUUCUGUGAUUCACGAGCGAAAUACUCGGCUGACAGUGUCUUAUGCCAUGGGCUUCAUGCCAGAUGGAAACCCGCACGUUUCGUUGCCCGGAGGAGACUAUGCUCUGGUUUAUGCUGAACCAGAGGAUAUAUACGCCAAGGUGCGCAAACCAUACUCGUACACGCCAGGAUACCAUGCGUUGAUAGCGUAUUUGCGGUCGCGAUUCCCCAAGCAGAUGUUGGUCAAGAUGGCCGAAUCGAUGGCUGCGUACAGACCGUCGUUCAUAGCAUGUACCAAUGCGCUCAAAGAGGAUGACUUGAUCUUUAUGGAACAGUGUUUCCAGAGAACAUUGCUCACAUAUGACAAUUUUAUCAAGCUCAGCGGAACUCCUACCAUAGUGUGGAGACGGACCGGCGAAAUAGCUUAUGUUGGUGACGAAUUUUGUGUUUUGACAGGAUGGCCCAAAGCCGAACUUAUCACCCAGAAAAAACGACUAAUUGUUGAGCUUUUGGACGACAAGUCAGUGGUGGAGUAUUUUGAACUCUUUCUGAAAAUUGCAUUUGGAGAUUUUCUCGGAGCCACCAUGACUGAGUGUACGCUUUUGACAUCCAAGCCCGACGUCAAGAUUCGAACCAGCUGCAUCUGGACCCUCAAAAGAGACGUUUUCGGCAUUCCAAUGAUGAUAAUUGGCAAUUUUUUGCCAAUAUAA